GCAAUUUUUUUGAACGGCAUGUACAUCUCUUUCACAUCAUAUAUAUUUUCUCAUAACCCCAUAUCUCUUCGGAUCGAUUUCAAAACCCCACAAAAAGUUGCACCAAGAAUUAGUUAUGUCGGAUACUAAUCUUUCUUUUCUUGAUUCAAAUCAAAGCCACCUUCCCCAAUCAAAAAUCUCUGAGCUUUUUCCAGCGACUUGUACUUCAGAGAAGAUUGGAAAGGAAGAACCUGUGGUGGCAGAUGGGACCCACGCGCCGUCGGAGUGGAGGAAGUUUCGCGGCGUCAGGCGGCGGCCAUGGGGGAAGUUUGCAGCUGAGAUCAGAGAUCCGGCAAAGCGGGGUGCUCGGAUAUGGCUGGGAACGUAUGAGUCGCCGGAGGAUGCAGCUUUUGCUUAUGAUCAAGCAGCGUAUAAGAUACGUGGGUCUCGAGCUUUGCUUAAUUUCCCACAUCUGAUAGGCACUAACAUGGCGGAGCCGGUGAGGGUGACUGCAAGGCGGAGGAGUAUCAUGGAGACUGUGUCUCCGCCGCUGUCGUUGUCAGAAGAAGGUGGUUUAAAGCGAUGUAGAACAGGUAGUGGCGGUGAUGCUACGACGGUAGAUGAUUCUGCUAGUAGGCCAUGUUAGUUAUUUAUUUAAUUAACUGCUUGAAAUUAUUUCUUAAACUGUUUUUACAUUUUUUUGUGAAGGCGUUUUCUUUAGGGUUCUUUCUUUGAA